UCUCUCUCAAACUUUUCUCUUCUCAUUCAUCUGAUUUCUCUGUUCAUUCAUCGAUCUAAUGGUUCUCACUGGUAGUAGAUCUCGAGGUCGUGGAGGCAGGACUGCGUCGGGUGUAAGGACAUACAAUGGUCAAAACGCCACCAGAGGUGUUAGUGCUCCCGGAACUUCUUCUCACUCGUCCAACCCAUCGGCGACACAUUUUGGGACCAAUUCACAUCAAAGUCGUCCUUCGCAGUUUCCGCCGAGGACACAGUCUGGGAACCAUUCCGGGACCCAUUCGCAUCGAAGCCUUCCUUCACAAUCACCGCCGCGGACACAGCCAUGGUCUCCUACUCUUCCACCACCGGUUCCUGCUCCAGAAGCUGUACCGCCACCAAACCCUAAUGAGGAAGAUGGCGACAAAGGAGGAAUCCCACAUCCUAAUCCACCUCAACAAAAUCAUAAUCCAAAUGUUGACUACAAUGAUGUUUUGGAUCGUUUGCUUGCUCUUCCAUGUCGCGAGCAUCUACCAUUGCUGUCUGAGCAACCUAUUCCAGGAAUCGAGACUUUAUGGUUUAACAGACAUAAAGGGAGACUGUCUCGAGCGAUUGCAACAAUCUUUAGGAGGAAGUUUGAUGGGCCUUACUACAGUUGGAAGGUGACACCAAUACCCAUUCAAGAGAGAUACUUCAAGACGUUUGCGCGGAAGUUUAGGUGGGAUUUCGGGAUUACUGACCUUGUUAAAGAAGGAUUCUUGAAUAUUGCCAAGAAGCGGAUGAAAGGCAUUGUCAGUCAAGCAAAGAGGAGGGGUGUGCAACCAUCAUGGAUUCGUGAUACAUUAUGGGCUGAGAUGUGGGAAUAUUGGGACACCCAUGAUGCUAUUGAGAAGAGUGAGGAUGCUUCACAGUGCAGAAACUCUACUCGUGGAGGUCUUGGAGUGCACAAACACUUAGCCGGUCAGAAAUCAUUUGUGCAAGUUCAUCAAGGAUGAUCUUUUGUGUUUAAACUCUUUUAGGAUGAUGUUAUGGUAUGAUUUGUAUGAUAUUAUGGUAUGAUUAGGAUGAUG